AUGCAUAAUUCUUUUAGUUCUGGCUUUGAUAUUGACUCCAAUAAUGCAGAAUUACUUAAAAGACCAUAGCAUUAAUAAACCUAACUGCCUAAACUGUUGCAACUGCCUUCUGACAUUAAACCUCCAACCAUAAACUCACCUAUUAUCAACUGCCCCUCUCCAUUCACAGAACCAUUAAGAUCAUUCAUUUCUUAUAGGGAAAGUGGGUUCAGUCAAUUUGAUUAGUGUAGAAAAGCUAAAACAUUAAAUGAGAAUUCUGAAGGAAAUGAUGCUAAAAACUUUGACGAGCCAGGGAAACCUAAGAAAAGUUAGUUUAAUUAAGCAAUGCGAUCUCCGCAUAAACAGCCACUUUAUUCUGAACUCAAUUAAACAGAAUCUGUAAGUCGAAAUUUAUUUGACAAGAAGUAUGUUAAAUAAUUUGCUUAAGCUCUUCUUUAAAAAGCAUACAUAUAUCGCGAUAAUUAUUUCAAUGGUUACUAAAAAUAGUUGUUAAUUGAGAAUUAUUUAGAAAAUAAUCUUCAUUACACAAUUCAAGAUGAAAAGAAUAAUAAUCAAAUUCACCCUAUAUACUUUCUUUUUUCAGAUAUGAUCGUUAUAAUUUGUAUAAUUAUAUUGGGUAUUUGGCUUCCCUACAAAAUAAGCUUUAAUCAAGAAGUGAACCUUGGAUUUGAAGUAUUGGCCAUCCUUAUAAUUGUGUUAGAUUUAGGAUUAAACUACUUCAAGCCUUACAUUUCAGAAGGUAAUUUUGUUAAAUUUCACAUCAAAUAUUAGUUAUAGUUUAUAAAACGUUAAACUUUUAUUGACAUUUUAUAUCUAGUUACAACUAUUUUAUUAGUAUUUUUAUCUGCUAAUUCUAUUUUGAUAUGGUGCAUAUUAUUGUUUGAAAUUGGGUGUGGAGUUUAGAAGCUGAAUUUUUUAAUUUUUAGAGUAAAUGACUUUCUACCGUUUGAUAUUGGAUAUUACAAGAUAUUUAUGAUUGUAUUAUAUGUAAUCCAUCUAUGUUCGUGUUUCUGGUAUUUUAUAGGACUAGAAGAGUAAAACUCUUGGAUCAUCACGAUGAAUAUAGAGGAUGAAGAUGAAUGGACAAAAUAUUGUUAUGCAAUUUAUAUCAAUACAAGUUUGUUACUGAAUAUAGGACAAGGACUAGUGCAUAUUAAAACAAAUGUAGAAUUGAUAUAUUCAACAAUCGCAAUGUUUAUAUCUUGUUGGUUGAUAGCGUUUAUCAUAAAGCACACUAGUUUUAUGCUGAAAAGACAAUAUCAAAAUUGGAAUGAAAAUAUUAGGUAAAUGGAAUUGAUAAAUAACUUUUUGUCUAAAAGAGGGAUUUCUUUACACAUGUCAGCGAGAAUAAGAAAUUAUAUUCGAUUCCUCAAUUAAUAGGAUAAAAAUGAUGAUUAGAUGUAAGUUCUGAUGUAAUAACUAUCACCUGCAAUAAAGGAAGAAUUAUUUCUCUAGAUGAGGAUCAAGGCUUUGUGUAAUUGUAGAUCUCUGUUCAAAUUUUAAAAAAAUACGCUUGAAAAUUUAACAUAAAUUAUGGAGUAUGUUAAAUUUAAUCCAAACGAAUUUGUAAUAUAAAAGCACAAGUAAGAUGAUAAUUCUUUGUAUAUCAUUGAUUCUGGUGAAAUCUCAAUAUUAGAUUAAAAUACUCAGUUGGCCAAACUAUCAGCAGGAGACUCAUUUGGGGAAUAUUCAUUCUUUUCAGGAGAAUUGAGAUAGGCUUCUGCUAAGGCUAAGGGAUUCGUUUCACUUUAUAAGAUUGAAUAAUCUAAAUUUGUUCAAUUGAUCCAACAAAACAAGAUUGAUCAUGAACGAUACGUAUUUAUAAAACACUCUCUAUUGAAUCAAUAAUUUAGAGUUAUUAACAUGUGUUGUUACUCUUGUAGAGCUUCAGAUCACUUAAUAUCAGGAUGUCCAAUAUGGAGAUAUACUCCUGAUCUCGAAAAAGUGUUCAAAUAAGAAAACUAUAAUUAAUAAAGCAGAUCUAGCUAUUCGAGAUCAAUGCCUAAAAAGGAAAGAAAAGAGUUUAAUAGGAUAUUUUUAAGAUUGAUUUAAAAUUAUGAUGCUCUAAAAAUAUUUAGAUUAAAAUAUGAUAUAAUAUACGAUGACGAGGAUGAAGAAGAAGAUGAAAGUUAAGAAGAUGAAUUGGAAUCGUGUUCAGAACUAAGUGAUGAUUACUAAAGUGAUGAAGGUUAUUCGGAUAAUAGACUAGUUGACAAAUAGGAUGGAACCAUUGUAAGUUUACUAAAACAACAUGAUUAGAUCAAAGAACCUUCCAAAGUGUUAUAAGAAAUAGACGAUGAAAAUGAUCAAAUGUUUAUCAUUAGACCAAACAACCAAAAAGGCACAUUAAAUACUGCACAAUUUUAAUAUUAAGCAGAUUUCCAAUAACAACAACAAUAGUUAUAUAAGUUUUCAUUAGUACCAUAAGAACCUUAAAAGAUUAAGAGAACGUAAACUCCGUAAGACCAAUCAUAACCUUAAUAAUAUGUUUAAACAUCAACUUCAUCUCAAUUAAUUGCUAGUGAAGUGCCAAUUCCAUCGGUCAAGAGAAUUAAAAAUACUCCACAUAUAACAUUUAAAGGAGAUACAGACAGUCAAUAAAGCCAACAGUAAUCAUAAAGACUAAGAUCUAACACAAAAACAAGAACCCAUAGCAAUAUUGCUGAUAAAAUAAAAAAGAAUUUAUCAAGAAUAAGGGAAGAAGACUCUGACACCUUGAAUUUAUCAAAUAGAUAGCAUUCAGAGGAACAAGCUAGUUCUCCAUAUGGAAGACAGUUGGGAAGACAAAGCUAAAGUUCAACAUAAGUUAGAUAAUCAAUGAAGAGAUUUUCAUCUAAGUUAUCAACUAUUCCUAUCAGAUAAGGAACAAUUACUCAAUUGAGAUCAACAGUAAGUCCAAUUAUUAGGUCUAAUAUUCACAUUCCCACCGGAGUAGGUAUGGUUGAUUUAAGCAUGUACAAAAGAGCAGAUCCAUAAUCUGAAGAAUUUGAGAGGAUGUACUCUUACAAUCUAUAUUAUCCUAUUGAUAACUACUAAAACGUGAUUAAUAGAUUAAACUUAUUUUUGAAAUGGAGAUUAUCUAAAUUUAUUCCAUCAAAAUAUACGUUUACUUUUGAUGUUAAGCGAAUAAUGGAGAAAAUUAACAGGACUAUAAAAGUGGAACUAAAUUAAUAAUGA